ACACAGCCAGGCUCGCUCCACUGCUGCUGCUCUCUCUCCACAGCCAGGCUCGCUCCACUGCUGCUGCUGCUCUCUCUCCACAGCCAGCCUCGCUCCACUGCUGCUGCCGCUGGCUACUUACCGGCGCCGCUGCCGCUGAAUUUUGUGAGAGGAGGCUGCUCGCUCGUCAUGGCUCGCCCUGGCCACGCUGUGGCGCUGCUGCUGCUGCUGGCGGCAGUCGCCGUCCUGCACAGCUCCGUCGCCGCGGCACCGGCGGCCGAGUCGGCCGUGGUCCUGGCCGUGGUCAAGGUGCUGCUCAACUCGACGCGACCCUCGGACGAGAGCUUCCUGCUCGACCCCACGGUGCUGUGUGCACUGCGCCUGGCACCGGUGCACAACCUGCGCAUGGAGCGCUCCUUCCUCAAGCAGCUGCUGGCGCGCCUCGCUGAUCUGCACCUCGACCGCAGCUGCCCAGGGCAGGUGACCGACUCGGACGAGGGGUCCCAACGCGACGAGGCCGUCUCGUCGGGGCAACUGGCGCUGGCGGUGCUGGCGCUGAGGGCCUCGUGCCUGCCCGUGGAGGCCAUGCGCCUGGGCUGGGUCCGCGUCGACCUCCUCGGCAUCCUGGACCAGCGGCUGGAUGAGGAGCGGUGCGACCCUCUGCGCUCUCCACCCUCAGCGCUGGCAGGGCGGCCGCUCACCACCUACUACCAGUACGCGCUCGCCACGCAGGCGCUGUGCAUCCUCAACGCCAGCGUGGACCCCGACGCCGUGGAGAAGCUCGCGAGCUGGGCCCUGCUCCAGGGCUCUGGCGACAGGCCCCACUCCAUCGACGAGGCAUCCCAGGCGCUGGUGGCGCUGUCGUGCCUCAAGGGGACUCUGCUCCUGGGACCCCCCACGCUCGCCGCUGCCGUGACCGCGGCCGCCCAGAGCCUCGCCACGCUGCUGCUGGGGCAGCGCUCGGGCAACGGAGCCAUCGGCAACAUCUACAGCACCGCCCUCGCCGUGCAGGCUCUGCAGGCUGCCCAAGGGAGCGGGGUGAACGUGAGUGGCUGGGACGGAGGCAACGCCUCCCGCACCUUCCUCUUCGCCGCCGCCGUGGCCGGCGAGUUCAACGCCUCCCCUGGGGCCCUGGCCCAGCUACUGCCUGCGCUGCUGGGCACCACCUACCUGGCCGUGCCGCGCAUCACCUGCGUGGGUGACGACGACAGCGUCCACGACCUGCGCAGCGAGCUGACGCUGCGCCCGCCCGCCGGCAACUCGUCGUGGCCCAUCGGAGUGACCUACACGGCCACCGACGGCCUGGGCCACAGCUUCAACAACAGCGUCCACGUAACCGUGCCCAGCGGCUCCAACCUCCUGCGCGUGCUGGAGGCCGCCCAGGCACAGAACGCCCUCCAAUUCAGCUUCAAGACCAAGUCGUCGAGCUUUGGGCCGUACCUGGUGGAGGUGAACGGACUCGUGGCGGACUCAGCUCUGCACCAGUACUGGCAGCUGCUGGAUGCUCCCAGCACCCCGCUGGACAAAGGGCUGAGGGACUACAUUGUGUCUGAUGGACAACACGUGAUCGCCAAUCUCACCACGUGGUAGACGCAGCGUGGGGAGGGGGGGUGGGGGCACGACGCCGGUCAACGUUCAACAGACGUCAGGAAACGGGGACUUGACGUGUGGGGCUCCCUCGCUCUGCCUCGCCGCCGCGCCAUCAUCAUCGUCGCCUCUCAUCUCGACCAUGCCAAUGGCCCCCACCUGUGGUCUCUCGCCCGGGGGGGGGGGGGACCCCCCUCCCCUGGUGGCAGCUGUCCCUGUGCUGCUGCUGCUGCUGCGAGGUGAACGUGGCAGUGGGAGCGUCAUAAUCGCAGCUGUGACGUCAUCGUCAUAAUCGCAGACGUGACGUCAUCGUAUUCGUGACGUCAUCCUUGCUGUUAUUAACAGUGGGCCAUGAUCGGUCCACUGCUGUAUGAAUUCCCCCCCCCCUCCCACCAAAGCCAGCCUCACGAUCUUGGCGAGAUGCGACGACCCCACAGAUUCCCAUUUCAUAUCCACAGAUUAUAUUCGUACAUUACGAUGCAUGUGACAUAAUAAAACAUUUAAAAGUUU